AUGGCGUCGUGGGAUGUGGUUGAUUUCCAAAUCCACACAGUUGUCCCUGAAUCUGCGCCAGCCAUCGUCAACGCCGAUGGCAAGAUGCAUGUAUUUGUUUAUGUCUCUCUCAAAGCGAAUAUAAAGGGCACCAGCGACCGCUACUUCCUCACGGAAGAUGAACUUCAGGCCAUUGAGCUUGUCGAUUUUCACACCGAUCACCAGCUUCCAGAGGGCUGGUCUUAUUCAGGCACUGACCUAUCCAACGUCCCACCAGAGACACUUGCCCUCUCUGUCAGCGAUAAGGACCAAUUGAAAUGCUAUCGAGUCACGUCGACGACGACGGAGGACAAGAAGAUCGCUGCACGCAUCAGGCAACCUGACGGGAGAACAGUGUCCACCCAGCUCGGUACAGAAAUUUCCUUUGCUACGCUCGCAGAAACCACUACAACCACCGUCCAAGUCUCACCCCAUGUUGCGAUCUGCCAACCCGCAUAUAUAACUUAG